GCGCCCGUUGUGUGUGUUCUCUCGGCCAGACUCCUAGGUCUUACAAAAGUAAAUAUCUCAUUGUUCCCGUUUCAAAAUGGCGAAUACAGUUUGGUUGUGAGUCUGGAUCGGCGGCCGGCGAGGGGUCUGGCGCGGCGCGACGAGCAGGCGCGGCGGGAGGCUCGGCCGGGGCCGACUGGGGCCCGACGGGAGAGGUUGUCGACCUAUCGAUUUUUUUGUCUGUGACCUCCCGUUGGCGGGAGGGCUGCAGCCGGCAGCAGGUCAGAGCCUCGGCCCGGCCGGGCGCCCCGCUGGCAGCGCGCGGUCAGCUGAGAGGAGGCCGCGGCGGCCAUUGCCGCCGGUGCUGUCACUGCCAGGACACCCUGGCGCGGUCACCGGGUGCUGGCCAGCCCCUCGCAAUCCAAUUAGCAGCCGCAGCCGCGCGCCGCCUAUUGAAGUGUGAAGUUACACAAUCUCUGUGCAGUGAGUGCUGUGGACUGUAAACAUAUCAGCUGGUGUUUGUGAAGUGUUGUGAAGAUGUGCCGGAAGCACUGAUGCGCCGGGGAAGCCUCUCGGGGGCUGGUGAGAUGGAGGACACCAUGUGGAGCAGCAUGUCUGAAUAUCAUGGUCAAGGCAUGGAUUCAGGGGGAAAUAAUUUUGACUCCGGUCAGCAGGCCCAGGAGCAGGAGCUGGCGACGAAAAUGCUGCAGAUCCAGUCCAAAAGGUUCUACCUCGACGUGAAGCAGAACAGGCGGGGGAGGUUUAUCAAAGUUGCAGAGAUCGGCGCGGACGGGCGCCGCAGCCAGAUCUUCCUGGCCAUGUCGACGGCGGCGGAGUUCCGCGACCACCUGUCCUCGUUCAGCGACUACUACUCGUCGCUCGGCCCGCCCAACCCCGACAACGUGCCCGACGACGGGAAGCUCAAGUCUGAGAUGAUGCUGAAGGACAAUCGCCGUUAUUACCUGGACCUGAAGGAGAACUCUCGCGGGCGCUUCCUGCGCGUGUCGCAGACCAUCACGCGCGGCGGCCCGCGCAGCCAGGUGGCGCUGCCGGCGCAGGGUAUGAUUGAGUUCCGCGACGCGCUCACAGAUCUACUCGAUGACUUCGGCACCGACGACGGAGGCUACAAGGGCGAGCUGCCGGAGGGCCGGCACCUGCGCGUGGACAACAAGAACUUCUACUUCGACAUUGGACAGAACAACCGCGGCAUCUACAUGAAAGUUAGCGAGGUGAAGAGUAACUUCCGCACGGCCAUCACUGUCCCGGAGAAGUGCUGGGCGCGCUUCCGCGACAUCCUGGCCGACUACUGCGACAAGAUGCAGCCCGAGCACUCGCAGGGCGGCGGCGCGCGCUCGAGCGGUCAGCCCAUCCCGCUCCCCACAGAUAUAGACGUGUUUUCAAGCGGCGCGACUCACAGGAUUUGAUGCGAGGGCGAUGACCUCUUCUACUGAACUGACGACUACCCCCACCCACACACUCACACUCACCCACACAGUCGCAGCUCUAUAGAACCCCGUCGCACUCUCGCGAGUUAUGUAUGUAUAUGUGUAUAUAUCUAUGUAUGUAGUAGGUGUAUGUUAGCCGCUAUCCGUUUCGGGACAUUCCGAUUUUCGUACGCGUUUGAAAUGAGAAUGUUCGAAGUUUGAAUAGCUCGGUUUGGAACUGUCAGAAUUAACACAGAAAGGCCUGUGAUUGGUUCAUAAGGUUUUGACAGCUCUAAAUGACAGUUCUGUUGAAGUAAAUUCGGUUUCCUUUAUCGAAAUUUCGUCUUUGUAGUGGCUCUCGACUUGUUAGAUGUAAGGUAAUGUGAUAACAAACUAUGUUUGAGCUUUAUCGUUUAUUUUUGUGUAAUUUGACGAGUAUUAUGUAUUUGACCCGCGGUCGGUGAAACCGCUCGUGGGAUACAUUUUAUUUCCUGUUAAUAUAAUUAAUUAUAUGAUAAUAUAACAAUGUGAUAGGGGGCGCGACGAACAGAGAAUAAGGAUUGUCAAGGCAGUGCUGCCGUUUUUUUAUUGGUUUAUAAAUUCGUAAUUUAAAAUUACCCCUUGUUUUUUGAUUAAGUAUAUAUGAAAUCUAAUUUGGAAAGUUUGCACGUACCGUGGCCUUUUUAAUCUAAAUUAUUAAUUGACGUGCAGGUUUUACACAUUCGGUUUUUUUUACGUGUGGGGCUACAUUAGAUAGCGGCUUUAUUUUUAAUGUGUAAAGGUAUUUUUUUUUGUUUUUCGGCAACGAGGGAGAUGGGUAUGUACCGAGCGAUGUCGCAUCGAGAUGGAAUUAUAAUUCCAGUUAUAAGUCAUUUUAUUUUUGUUAGGUUUUAGUGAAAGUCCGGGCGGUAGGAGUAGAAAAAAAACGGGCAAAAAAUCGCAAGGAAAUUCUUAAAAAAAGGAAAAAAUACGUAAAGCCCCGCCUGGACUAGCGAUUCUAUAAAAAAAUACAUAAUAAAUAAAAAAUAAACUUUUGAAAAAAUUAAGGUAAUUAUAAAAUGCCACUUUCUAGUUUGUAGGUGUAUGUGUGUUUUUUUAAUAUCAAUUAUUUAACUAUGUUUUUGUCUGUUUACUUUUUUGGGGCAUGUGAGGGGAGUGGUUGAGGUCUAGCUCGAUAAAUGAAGGUCUAAUGUUUAAUUCUUUAAACCUUUUGCUUCAAGACCUAUUUUACAACUUAUAAAUCGUAACGAUCACAUUUUAACACCAACGUUUUUUAUUGUAUUUAAAUCAACUUUAAUUUUAUUUUGCACAUAAUUAUAUUUUCCGUAAAAAGAACCAUUUCAUGAAUCGGGCUGGUCUUCGUAUUUAGACAAUGGGUGUUUACAAGGAAUGGAAUUGCUAGUAUAGUUUGACCCGCCUAUUAUCCUACAAAUUGUAUCAAAGCCUCGGCUAUUUUUGGUUUAAAAAACCUUUGUCAAGGGUCAAGCUAUAGCGGUGCAUCUCGAAUCUAUGCAUAAGUGAAGAAAAGCUGUGAUAUUGGGUCAGAUCCGUACGAUAUUAGUAUGACUGAUAGAUUAGGAUUGCCUGUCUCUGUCUGCCGCUGUGAGCGGGAGCGAGACAGGUAGACCGAAUGUGCGAGGAGGUCGGUUUAGUUUUAGUGAGGUCACGUAAGCACCCAGUGUUUCCGGUUCCGGCGUGCGGCUGUGGCGUUUCCGUUCUAAAUUCAAAAUUUGUUUCGGAUCUCACAUUGAUAACGGAUAACAGCUCAGUACACGUCGGAUAUGUGUGUGUGUGUGUAUAUAUGUAUGUGUGUGCGCGGACGCACAGAAUGUUAGUCACAGAACUACAUCAGGCGUCAGGCGUGCCUUGUAAUGUAUUUAUGCAUUUUUUUUCUUGUUUUUUUUUUAUAAUUAUUAAAAAGUAAAGUAACUAAACUCUCUGGGGGUUUUCAUCUUUUGUUUUUGUAGCUUUGGCAUCGUCAUGCAUAAGUGGACGGGGCAAUCUUUCACUUGAGUUGUAAACAUAAGUCUUUGUAGAUAGGGUACGGUUAUUCAAAUAUUACGUAUACAAACACGGUUUAUUAGCCCCCUUUUGCUCCGUUCCUCACGCCUCAAAUUCAAAAUUAUUUUCUAAGUGCUCACGCAUUGGAAAAAACCUCUUUUAUGCCUAAGUUUUCGUGUUUUACAAUCAUGGAGCGUUUGUGAAAACUCUUCCAAUGUGUGGAAGCUAACAACAUACAUGUAAAAACAGGUUUAUUUGACUAACUAAAUACAUACGUAGUAUAUUUUUUUUCUUUACGAGUCCUCUAUCGCUUUCGCUAGGUUUGGACCACAGUUAUUUUAGCCUUUCCCCACCAGCUUUAUUCAAAAAUCCACAAUAUUUUGGCGCAGCCAUGUCUUAACUGUAAAAUAGCGUAUCUUCAAAAUUAAGGCUCUUAGAAUAUACCUACAUAGAUUCAAAUCAGUUGAUAGUGAUUAAAUUCAUUUAUUGUCUUGAUCGAGUUGCAUUGUGCCAUCGAGAAAAUAAAUGGAUUUCAAUAUGGUAUCUCCAUAGGUGAUUGUUUAGUACAAGUCUACAAAUGUAGAGUUGGAGGAAUAUAAUAUGAAUAUGAACAAAACUUCUUAAUUUACUUAAAUAUUUCCAAGAUACCUACCACUGCCUUCAAGAUGCUAUCACAUUAAAAAUGUUAAGCAAAUUCACAUCCUGAUAAUUUAUACUCAAUCUUUUAUUAAUAAUUACAUAUUUAUAUAUAUCACAACUUUCGACAUGGUAAGUCUUACGAUUUCUACCAGUCAACCUUCGUUCCCCCAACUCUUAUUUCGUGCCUUGUAAUCGACACAGAUCACGCAACAAAUAAGCUGGUGACGUCCGAUCCGCUGUUACAUAAUAUAUAAAUAUAUACCUAGAGAAAAAGACAAAAAAAGAGAUAAAAUAUAUAAAUAAAAAAUGCAGUUCUCUAUUAAUUCAGAAUAUAGAAAUCUAUGGAGUCGUCAGGGGCGGCGCGGACAUUAACACAUAAGUUAGGAUAGAUUCAUUUCUAACGGGGGCCGACGGCGCUGUAACAGAUGUUAUUAAUAGAUUUAAAAUGCUGUUAGGUUCUUGAUAAGUUUAUGUCCUCUCCUCAUAUUUUUUGGGCCUUCCGUUGUCUUACAAUCGACAAAACUCAAAGAAAUCAUAUCUCUUUCUUUCUCACAAUAAUUAUUGGACGUUAAUAAAAAACUGGACAGUUAGUCUUUGGAAAAACGGUUCGUUUAUAAGUUGUUUGAAGAAUAUGAGGGGAGUGUUUCCACUCUUUAAAAACUAAAUAUAAAAAUUCAGAGUUAAGUAUCUAGCUAGCUAAAGUAUUAAAGAAUUUAGCGGAUAGAGUAUUUUAGUUCCUCAAUAUAAGUCAUAGAAAAUAGAUGAAAUACUACGAAUAUUUAGCUACCGUCGGCUACCCCUAUGUUAUAAACAUUAACGUUAUGUUUUAUUUUAUACACAUUGGGGCCAGUGUUUGAA